GAUAAGGAACCAGAUCGCGAGCUGGCUAGAAAGUGGGAGAGUCGACGCUCUCAUAGUCGUAUUCAUAUCAGUGGAACUGUCAAUGGGACGACUAUAAACAACGGAAUAGUCGACACUAUAAAUGGGUUCGUUGCGGGAUCCUCAACAAGAGACUUUCCUGAUCUACAGACCAAGCGAGAUCCUUCUGCAAAACGGACCAAAUUUAUUAAUGAUUAUUUCGCUGUUCAGGAUCAACAACCACGCACCCCUCCCCCCUGGAACCAAGAGGUAAAUGAUCAAGAAGGGCUCCAUCUUCCUAGCAAGCACACAUCCAAUGAUGAUGACGGACUUUUGGAUGAGGAACCCAAUAAAUCUUCUGAUCCACGACCUGAAGAAGAUGGCGAAUUUGAUGAAGGCAAGUUCUUAAAAGAACUUAUUACCGUAGAGGAAGUCAUAAAUCCAAUUGUUGAAAAACUUCUGAAAUAUGGUGAAGGUAUCGCAAGAUACAAAAUAAUUUUUUUACCCGAAGAUAAUAAACAAGAUCCCGUAAAGAUUAUUCUGACAAGUCAGGAAUGGGUAACAUCUGAACAUGACUGGCAAAUGGUAGAAGCAAAAAUAACUAGCUUUUUUUCAGUAGUAAUACCAGAAAAUAUAAAAUCUCUUAACUAA